AUGACAACCCGGAAGAGAAACGAAUUCCUCGACCUCGCCCCAAGCGACGAUGAAGACAACGACCGCGGCUACGACUCCGAAGCAGCAGAAGAGAGUAAAGCCCGAAUCUCCAAGCGCAGACGAACCCAAACCCAAGACGACGAAUCCGACCAAAGCGACAACGACUCCGACGAAGACCUAAAACUAAGCAAGAGCAAAGGCAAAGCCAAAAAGCCCCAACAGCAAAGCGAAGAUGACAAUAUCAGCGACGACAACGACGACGAACAACAAGAAACCUCCGGCGCCCAAUACCUAGAUGUUACAGAACAAGAGACCAAAACUAGCAAGCGAAAACCGUUGGACAAGGGCAAGCCGCCGAAGAAGAACAAGACCGGGGUUGUGUAUCUCUCGUCUUUACCGCCUUAUUUGAAACCGUUUGCGUUGAAGAGUAUGCUUGAGGCAAGGUCGUUCGGGCCGAUUACGAAGGUGUUCUUGUCGCCUGCUGUGAAGCCGGCUUCUGCGCCGCGGAGGAGGUCGAAUAAACGGAAGACGUAUACGGAUGGCUGGGUUGAGUUUGCGUCAAAGAAGACGGCUAAGCUUUGCGCGGAGACGUUGAAUGCAUCGAUUGUUGGGGGGAGGAAGGGGGGUUGGUACCAUGAUGAUGUGUGGAAUAUGAAGUAUUUGAAGGGAUUCAAAUGGGGAGAUCUGAUGGAACAAGUGCAGAGGGAGAGACAGGAGAGGGAGGCUAAGCAGCGCAUUGAGGAUUCUCGGGCUAGAAAAGAGGAUAAGGUCUUCCUUCAGGGUGUUGAGACGGGUAAGGUUCUUGAUGGAAUGCAGAGGAAGAAUGAAGAAAAGAAGAAAAGGAAGAUGGAGGCUGGUGAUGCAGGAGGGCAGCAGACGAAGGAGCUCAAGGUUAGGAGAACAUUCAAGCAGAAUGAGGUUAAGAAGGGCCGCCAUACGAUCAAGGACGGUGAAGCUUCUUUGGAGGAUGAUACAAAGAGGGUGCUGGGGAAGAUUUUCUAG